CUCCGCUCCUCUCGAAGAUUUUCCUGCUUAUAGUUGCAAUAUUUGGCGUAGCAAUCCAAGAGAAAUUGGCAACUUGAUAGUUUUGGGGAUCUAUAACAAUGCUUCAGUUCCAACCACAUUGAUACAGCCCAAUCAAUCUGAAAAAGCCAAGAGAAAAUUGGCAACUUGAGCAAGUGACGGUGGGCUUGUUACCUGAUACAGCCCAAUCAAUCUGAUAAAGCCAGAAGCUCAUGAAAGUAUUGAUGAACGGCGGCUCGGUUGCAUUUGCGACGAUAUCCUUGGGCCUUUUACGAUAUUUGGGGCUUUGACGUUUGGUGUCGUCAGAGCGAGCAAGAACCAUUACUGCGGUGAGUCGCAACAAGCUCAUAAGCGUACAUUGCAUUGCUGUAUAGUCGAUUACGGUGCAGACGAGAAUGAGGAUGAAAUAAAGACCAAGAAUGAGGGCAGAAAUGGAAAUGUCAGCGUGUUGCAACAGUGGCAUUUGCAUCUUCCUCGCUGCGUCACCAGUCGAAGCAGCUCGGAGUCGCUUCUGUUCCAACCGCGACGGAACUCACCCCCAAACAGAUUUGCACCCUAACGGGGUGGGCCGACAAGGCGUUGGAACUCACCCCCAAACGGUGCCAUGUGUGAAGAGGUAAAGCUUGGACGCAACGAUGAAGCUUUGUCAACAUGGGUUGUUAAAACAUGAACUUUCAACUGAUGCAGGCAGUACUGCUGUUGGCUAGCAUAGCAAUGGCAGUGAAAAACAUAGCCUCUGAUCAAUCUGCUCUUCUUGCCUUGAAAGGCCUUGUUACUCACGACCCUCUCAAUACCCUGGAAACCAACUGGUCAUCCAAGGCUUCUGUUUGUCAAUGGAUUGGUGUCACUUGUAAUGCACGGCACAAGAGAGUCAUGGCCUUAAAUCUAUCUUUCAUGGGUCUUACAGGAACUCUGCCCCCUCAUAUAGGAAAUCUAUCAUUCCUUGUUCAGUUGAGCAUUAGAAACAAUAGUUUUCAUGGCUCUUUGCCUAAUGAGUUGGGUCGACUGCGUCGGUUAAAGCAAAUUGACUUCAGCUUCAACGACUUCGAUGGAGAAUUCCCUCCCUCUCUGUGCAUUCUCCCAAAGCUAGAGGCUUUGAACAUGAGAUAUAAUGCUCUUGAAGGAAAUAUUCCAGAACUGAUUGGUGUGCUUCCCAAAUUGAAGACACUAAGCUUGGAAUAUAAUCAACUUUCAGGUCCCAUGCCUUCUACCAUCUUCAACAUAUCUUCCCUGCAAAUUCUUGACCUCAGUAAUAAUAUGCUUCAUGGUUCUGUUGCCUCUACCAUCAUCAACACAUCUUCACUGCAAUUCCUUGAUCUUACCUUUAACAAUUUAUCUGGUAGCCUUCCUGUGAACAUGUUCGAUCAUCUUCAGAAUUUAAAGGGCCUUUAUUUGUCCCAAAACCAAAUUUAUGGUGAACUUCCGAUCAGUCUUUUCAACUGCAAGCAGCUGCAAGUUCUGUCAUUGGCAUACAAUUAUUUCUCUGGAGGCAUAUCCACCAGAAUUGGAAAUUUGACUAUGAUGAAGAGGCUGUAUCUGGGUGAUAACAAUCUGGAAGGUGAUAUUCCUCAAGAAAUCAGUUACUUGGAAAAUAUGGAGUUACUGAAUCACCUUACAGGAAACAUACCAGAAGCUUUAGGAAAUUGUACUUUCCUCACAGAAAUGAAUUUGGAACUAAACAACUUGACAGGUGAAAUACCACUUGAAAUUGGCAAUCUUCCGAUUCUCGAAUAUCUUAGCAUCGGAAAUAAUAGCCUAACUGGUUCCAUCUCACCUACAAUCUUCAAUAGCACAACAAUGCAAAUCAUUUCAUUGGCAGCAAAUCGCCUCUCGGGUCAUCUCCCAUUAAGCUUAGGCAACUGGCUUCCAAAUCUUGAGGGGCUUUUCCUAUGGUCAAACCAGAUUGGUGGAAUAUUCCCACUCUCUAUUACUAAUGCAUCUAAGCUAACCACCAUAGAAGUGGCUGAUAACUUAUUUACUGGUUUUAUUCCUACCACAUUAGGGAAUUUAAGACAGCUAAAGUUCCUCAACCUUGCCCGUAAUAACUUGACCAGUGAGGCUACUCCGGAGUUGAUGUUCCUAUCAUCACUGACAUAUUGCAGAAACUUAGUUACUUUGAUAGUAUUUGAAAACCCACUCAAUGGCAUCCUUCCAGCUGUUUCAUUUGGGAAUCUCUCCGCAUCUCUCGAAGAUUUUUCAGCUUAUAGUUGCAAUAUUUGGGGUAGCAUUCCAAGAGAAAUUGGCAACUUGAGCAACUUGAUAGUUUUGCGGCUCUAUAACAAUGACCUGACUGGUUCAGUUCCAACAACAGUGAUAGGAUUGCAGAACCUCCAGGGUAUGUUCCUUCAUCAAAAUAGGUUGCAGGGCUUUAUCCCAUAUGAAAUUUGCCAACUGAGGAGCUUAGUUUUCUUAAGUUUAUACAAUAAUAGCCUGGAAGGAUCAAUUCCAGCUUGUUUGAGUAAUCUUACUUCUCUAAGAGGUAUCGACCUAGGUUUUAACGGAUUAACAUCCACAAUUCCGUUGACAUUGUGGAGCCUUACAUAUAUCCUGAGCAUAAAUUUGUCGUCAAACUAUCUUCAAGGCUUUCUUUCACCAGAUAUUGGAAAUUUGAAGGUUGUGAUUACAAUAGAUGUGUCAAUGAAUCAACUAUCAGGUGAUGUUCCAAGCACCCUGGGGGAACGCCAAAAUUUGGUGCAACUUUCCUUGACACAUAACAAAUUACAAGGAGCCAUUCCUCAGUCAUUUGGAGGCUUGAUAAGCUUGGAAUACUUGGAUCUAUCUGAUAAUAACUUGUCAGGGGAGAUUCCGAAGUCGCUUGAAGGACUCUUGUACCUUAACUAUUUGAAUCUGUCCUUCAACAGACUAGAAGGGGAAAUUCCUGCUGGAGGACCCUUCGUUGCCUCAGUAGUUCUUAUCUUCGCCAUCUUAUUUGUCAUCAUAAGACGUCGAAAGAGAAAUCAAAGACAAGAUGCUGUUGAAGAUCCGCCUCUUGCAGUAUUGAGAAAAAUUUCCUACCAAGAACUUUAUCAAGCAACAGAGAGAUUUAGUGAAAGUAACUUGCUUGGCACUGGGAGUUUUGGUUCAGUUUUCAAAGGAACACUUCGAGAUGGGACAGCGGUUGCAGUAAAGGUUUUCAAUUUCCAACUGGAAGGAGCAUUCAAGAGUUUUGAUGUUGAAUGUGAGGUUAUGCGAACUGUAAGACAUCGUAAUCUAGUAAGAAUCAUUACUAGUUGCAGUAACCUUGAUUUCAAGGCCGUGGUAAUGGAGUUCAUGCCGAAUGGGAGCCUUGAGAGGUGGCUAUAUUCUGAAGAACAUUUGUUGGAUUUCCAACGAAGAUUGAACAUCAUGAUUGAAGUCGCAUCAGCAUUGGAAUAUCUUCAUCACGGUUAUUCAACACCGAUUGUCCAUUGUGAUUUAAAACCUGCCAAUAUCUUGCUAGAUGAAGAAAUGGUCUCUCAUGUGUGUGAUUUUGGCAUUGCAAAACUUGUUGGUGAAGCAGACUCUACAGCACAGACCAUGACACUAGCUACUAUUGGAUAUAUGGCACCUGAGUAUGGAUCACAAGGAAUUGUUUCCACUAAAGCUGAUGUGUAUAGUUAUGGAAUUUUGUUAAUGGAAACUUUUACAAGAUUGAAGCCCACAGAUGAAAUGUUCACUGAAGAAAGAACACUAAGGUGUUGGAUUGAGGAAACAUUACCAGUUUAUCCACUUGAAGUCUUGGAUGCUGCAUUGCUGGGAAGCAAGGAAGUGAAGACUGGUUCUAAGAAGGAUUGUGUGUCAUCCAUCAUGGAAUUGGCCCUCAAAUGCUCAGAAUUGUCACCUGAACACAGGUUGAACAUGAAAGAAGUCGGAGCUUCGCUCCAACAAAUCAGAAGAAAGUUUCUACAGGAUGUUGAGUACCAUUGACAUGCCAGCAUCAUUUCAUUUCAGUGGUUUCUUCCUAAUAAGCAUUGGUGAUUUGGUGUUCUAUACACUAAAGUUCUGCACUUCUGUACCAGCUUAUGUUACACAUUUUUUCCUGAAUUCCUCUAUUGAUUGGCCUUCUUCGUGGGUUUUUUUUUUCCCUAAAUUUAUCUUUAGACAUGUGAUAUGAGCCUAAACUCGGGUCAUGCAAAUAAAUUUCUUAUCAGAUAAU